AUGGAUCUUCAACCACGCAAGUUAUCUGGGUUGAAAAGUCAUGACUGUCAUAUUCUGAUGGAACAAUUACUCCCAAUUUUGGUGAAGAAUGCACUUCCGAGUCCGGUGUCCAAUGUGAUUGCAAAUUUGUCGUCAUUUUUUCGAGAACUUUGUGGGAAAGCCAUAAACCCUAUGCAGCUUGCUGAACUUCAGAAUCAUGUUGUGCAAACCUUGUGUCAGAUGGAAAUGAUUUUUCCUCCAUCCUUCUUCACCGUCAUGGUUCACCUCACCGUGCAUCUCAUUGAUGAGGUUACUCUUGGUGGACCAGUACAUUAUAGGUGGAUGUAUCCAAUAGAAAGGUAUUUAGGACGUCUGAAGCAAUAUGUUCGUAAUAGGGCACAACCGGAAGGCUCAAUUGCAGAAGGUUACUUAUCUGAGGAAAUCCUGACUUUCUGUUCUAGGUAUUUGGAUAAUAUUGAGACUAGAAUCAACCGACCAGGGCGAGUUGAUGAUGAGCCCGUUGAUGUUCUUCAUAAUUCAGGGGAAAGUAUGUUCCCAGCUAUUGGAAAAGCAUUAGGGGCUGUUUCGCAUUUCGAACUCACUCCAAUAGAAAAACAUCAAGCUCAUCGUCAUGUGCUAGUCAACUGCGAUGCCGUGGUUUUUAUGGAAAGUACGCCUCAAUCGAAAGACCUGCAGUUGCUUGCGUGCGGUCCCAUGAUUCAGGCCAGACGUUUUGGGGCGUACAAUGUUAACGGGUACAAGUUUAGAACUAUCACAAAGGAAAACAGGAUAAAAAUACAAAAUAGUGGAGUAUAUGUAUCAUCUAAUACAAGAAGUUAUGCAAGCAUGCGUGACAAUAGAGUGGCUGUUGGUGGUGUUCCGUAUUACGGAAAAAUUGUGGACAUAAUUGAAUUGAAUUACAGUUGUUCCUUCACAGUGGUAUUGUUCAAAUGUGUUUCGGCUGAUACCACUACCAGUAGAGGCAUCAAACAAGACCAUUUGGGGCUUACCAGCGUUAAUUUCUCUCGUCCAAUACACACUGGUAAUCGUGAAGAAGAUGAACCGUACAUAUUGGCAUCAGAAGCUCAGCUUGUAUACUAUGUGGAGGAUGAAGUAGCUAAGGAUUGGAGUGUUGUAGUUCAUGUGAAACCAAGGGAUUUGUAUGACAUGGGAGAAGAGAAUGAAGAAGUUGAAGUUGUCGUACCUGAAUAUUCUGGAGAAAUAGUUCCUGACAGUCUAGACGGAGAAGAGUCUGAUUCAGAAGACAUUUUAGAUGAUGUAUCCUCUGUCGCAGUUGAUAGAUCCAUGCAGUUUGAUCUGAAUAAGGUUCCGGAUGAAGAGGAUGAAACUUUAGAAGACCAACAUGAUAAACAAGAUGAUAUACAUGUUAAGAAAAGGUUCUUUGAUCUGAAUAAGAUGCCAUGGUAUAGAGAUGAAAUAUCAGAUCCUCUGAAACGUGAAGCCCAUAGAUUCAUAACAGAGUUUUUUUCGCCAGGUCAAUAUGAUGUUGGAGAGAAAUUUUGA